AUGGAAUUACCAGAUCAUGUAAGACAUCAUGUAAACGUGGCAGUGGUUGCAAUGAUACUUGAAUCAAGAACCGGUCAUAGUAAUAGAAGUAGUAUGUAUGGAUCAUCAGUAAAUAAAAUGUGGACAAUGAGUGAUAAAUUACACGAGAUAAUAUUUAGCUGUCUUGUAUCAGAAGAAUCUGUAUUGAGGUUUGUUAAUUGGUUUUUUGAUGGAAUAAGAAAAACAUUCGAUGAUAAAACUCUCUUUCUCAAUAAUAACGUUAAUAAUGUCAAUAAUGGUGAUGGUAACGUCAAGAAUAUAAACAAUGAUGGUAAUAAUGACAACACCAACAAAAUCAACAAUAUCAACAAUGUAAUUAAAUUCCCAACAACAUGUUUUCAAUGUAAUAAUAACUAUUUAAUGGAAAAUUGGUGUUAUCAAUGUGAAUCAUUUCUAUUCCAAUCGAAUUUUCAUAAAUGGACAUCUGACAAUAAAGAAAUCGACUCGUUUAUUAGAGAGACGCAAUUGGAAGUACCAAAUUACUAUAAAUUUUUAAGAUAUUUUGGAAAUUAUGAAGAAGAAUUUCAAAUCAUCAAAGAAAUAAACACGACUCCAAAAAAUGUAUUAUCCGAAUCCAAAUGGAUCAGUAAUAAUAACAAUAGAUUUAAUGGCACAUUGAAACAGUGGGUAUAUAAUACACAAUUAGAAAUUAUUUUGGAUUAUUUAAAAUUUAAUAAUAAAGAAUUAUCGGAGAAAUUAAAUAAUGACAAAUUAGACGGUGAAUUAUGGAAUGAUUUAUUACAAGAUUUUAUUGUUAGAAUGAAAAAAAUAUAUGAGAUGAGAAAAACUUUAAAAUUAAGAUUUGCUGAUCAUGAUGAUGAUACCAAAUUGGGAAAUGACGGUGAUGAUGGUGGUAGUGGCAAUGUAUAUGGAAACGGACAAGUACAAGGGAUACAAAUUAAAUUGAUAAAUAAUCAGGUGAGAAGGGAUUCAUCAACAAUCGCAAUCAAAUAUAUUACAAAUGUACCAAAAUCAACAUCACCGUUUAAUGAUGAUGCUAAUAACGAUGAAGAUAAAAAUAAAUUAGUAAUGCUUAAACAAAUUUUAAAUUCUGAAAAUAUUUCAAAAGAUUUUAUUACUCAGAAUAUAAACAAUGAUGGUAAUAAUGACAACACCAACAAAAUCAACAAUAUCAACAAUGUAAUUAAAUUCCCAACAACAUGUUUUCAAUGUAAUAAUAACUAUUUAAUGGAAAAUUGGUGUUAUCAAUGUGAAUCAUUUCUAUUCCAAUCGAAUUUUCAUAAAUGGACAUCUGACAAUAAAGAAAUCGACUCGUUUAUUAGAGAGACGCAAUUGGAAGUACCAAAUUACUAUAAAUUUUUAAGAUAUUUUGGAAAUUAUGAAGAAGAAUUUCAAAUCAUCAAAGAAAUAAACACGACUCCAAAAAAUGUAUUAUCCGAAUCCAAAUGGAUCAGUAAUAAUAACAAUAGAUUUAAUGGCACAUUGAAACAUAAAUUUCUAAGGCUUCGUGAUUUACCAAUUCCAAAAAAUUCAUUACCAAUAGAAAAAUCAAGAACAAAUUCAGUUGAUGUUACCAAUGAUGCUAUAAAUAAAAAUCAAGAUAAUCAAUUACAACAACACCAAAAGAAAGAUACAGAUGAUGAUAAUGGAA